AUGGCUGGCUUUGGCAAGCACCAAAUUGUUUCUCCCCUUCUGUCAGCCUUUUGUGAAAUUCCACCAGUAGACAAACUGAACCACGCGACGGGGAUGUCUUUUCUUAUACCCUUGACAAUCGAUCAGUCAGACAGAAUACCGCGGCACGACCUAGCAGUCAACAAGCACAAUUGUCCAAAGGCUGGAGACCGACCACCAGGAAUACAUACGCCGUCCUCUAAUGUAAACGCUAUCCUCGUCUUAUGCAUUUGCCCAGAAGCACACCAGAUCAAGGUGCAAAUUGUUGAGGGAGCUAUCCAGGCUUCGAAGAGGGCUCUACGCGAAGGCGACAGUUUUGGCAUCAUCAGACCACGUUCUGGAGGAAACUGGGAAUACUCAGUGGCCAAGUUCGUCGAUGGAUAUUGGACCUGGGAUUAUGUUUCAUCCAGCACAUUAUCCCGAGGACCGAACGAUCUUGCAAAGGAGCCUAUGGCUGGUAUCAGCAUAGCGAUUGAUGCAUUGACGGAAAGGCAAUCUCCCGCCAUAUCAUGCCCUACUCUGGUGGUCGUCAGUGAUGCAUCAACAUUCGAGACUUCUGGAGUUCAGAGUAUCAUAGACCGGGCAAAUGUCGCUGGUAUUGGUAUCUGUACGUUCGGUUUCAACGUAUCAAACGAUCCAGAAGAAGCCCUUGUACAGCUCGCCUCUGGAACCAAGGCAGCUUACACCUACGUCAAUGAUUGGAUGGCCUUCCUGACUCUCUGUUGGCCUGUUUUCGGUCCUAAAGAGGGUAGUACUAGAGAAUGUCAAGUUGACGUUUCGAACCGACAACUCCUCACCAGGCUAGUUUCCCUGUUAUUCGAUGUCACUCUUUAG